CACAGUUCAGAGGGAAAGCUUUUCUUCUCACAGCAGCAGUGGGGAUUUUCUGACUGCACACGCCGUAUAUUCAUCACAUUAAAAAAAACUCACUCACUGCUGGAAGCGGCGAGAGAAGGACACUUUCCUGGGUCGUGUAUCCCUCCCCUUUCUCACCUCUCUGAUUUGGACAGUCGUUGCUUAUUUUUCAUUCUUAUUUUUUGUUUUUGGACGUUUUCCCCUUGAUAGUAGGCAAUCUCCGUGGCGCACUCAGGUUUCUUGUGAGGACAUGGUAGAUUAUCAUUCUGCUAAUAACCAAUCCUCGUCAGGCGGGGUUCAGACCUACAUGGAGCAAGAGAAUGAUUGGGACCGGGACCUGCUGCUGGACCCGGCCUGGGAGAGACAGCAGAGGAAGACGUUCACAGCGUGGUGCAACUCCCAUCUGCGUAAGUCCGGCACGCAGAUCGAAAACAUCGAGGAGGACUUCAGGGAUGGGCUCAAACUCAUGCUGCUGCUGGAGGUCAUCUCAGGCGAACGGUUACCCAAGCCUGAGCGAGGCAAGAUGAGGGUCCACAAGAUCAACAAUGUGAAUAAAGCCCUGGACUUCAUCGCCAGCAAGGGAGUCAAACUGGUCUCCAUUGGAGCAGAGGAAAUCGUGGAUGGAAACGCCAAGAUGACCCUGGGAAUGAUCUGGACCAUCAUCCUCCGCUUCGCUAUUCAGGACAUCUCUGUAGAAGAGACCUCUGCGAAGGAGGGUCUUCUCUUGUGGUGCCAGAGGAAGACCGCUCCCUACAAGAAUGUCAAUGUGCAGAACUUCCACAUUAGCUGGAAGGACGGUCUCGCUUUCAACGCUCUGAUCCACAGACACAGACCGGAUCUCAUCGAUUACGACAGCCUCAGAAAGGAUGACCCAGUGACCAACCUGAACAACGCCUUUGAGGUGGCUGAGAAGCACCUGGACAUCCCCAAGAUGUUGGACGCAGAAGACAUCGUGGGUACGCUGAGGCCGGAUGAGAAGGCCAUAAUGACCUAUGUAUCCUGCUUCUAUCACGCCUUCUCUGGCGCACAGAAGGCUGAGACAGCUGCAAAUCGUAUCUGCAAAGUGCUGGCUGUCAACCAGGAGAAUGAGCAAAUGAUGGAGGACUAUGAGAAGCUGGCCAGCGAGCUGCUGGAGUGGAUCCGUCGCACCAUCCCCUGGCUGGAGAACCGAACCCAAGAGAAGACUGUAAAUGACAUGCAGGCCAAACAAGAGGACUUCAGAGACUACCGCUGUGUCCACAAACCACCCAAGGUCCAAGAGAAAUGUCAGCUGGAGAUCAGCUUCAACACUCUCCAGACUAAACUGAGACUCAGCAACAGACCUGCAUUCAUGCCAUCAGAGGGACGCAUGGUGUCUGAUAUCAAUGGAGCAUGGCACACUCUGGAAGGAGCAGAAAAGGGCUACGAGGAGUGGAUCCUCAGCGAGAUCAGACGUCUGGAGAGACUGGAACACUUGGCGGAGAAGUUCCACCAGAAGGCUGCCAUCCAUGAAUCCUGGACUGAUGGUAAGGAGGCCAUGCUGACCCAGAAAGACUACGAGACUUCCACCCUGUCAGAGGUCAAGGCAUUGCUACGGAAACAUGAGGCCUUUGAGAGCGACCUGGCAGCCCAUCAGGACAGAGUGGAGCAGAUCGCCGCAAUUGCACAGGAACUCAACGAGCUGGACUACUACGACUCUGCCAGCGUCAACGCUCGUUGUCAGACGAUCUGUGAUCAGUGGGACAGCCUGGGAGCCCUCACCCAGCGCCGCAAAGAGUCACUGGAGCGGACAGAGAAGCAGCUGGAGUCGAUAGAUGAGCUUUACCUGGAGUACGCCAAAAGAGCGGCGCCCUUCAACAACUGGAUGGAGGGAGCCAUGGAGGACCUGCAGGACAUGUUUAUCGUCCACAAUAUUGAGGAGAUCCAGGGUCUGAUCACAGCCCAUGAGCAGUUCAAGUCCACCCUGGCAGAGGCCAACAAGGAGCGGGAGGCCAUCCAGUCCAUCCAGGCUGAGGUGCUGAAGAUCGCCCAGAGCAACGGCAUCAAGCUGAGUGGAGCAAACCCCUACACCACCAUCACACCUGAGAGCAUCGAUCGCAAAUGGGAAAAGGCUAUGAACAUGGUGCCACUGCGUGACAACGCCCUGCAGGAUGAGCUCAACAAGCAGAACUCCAACGACACUCUGAGAGCUACGUUUGCCACUCAGGCCAACGCUGUCGGCGCAUAUAUACAGGCCAAAAUGGAGGAAAUUGGCAGGAUAUCUAUUGAAAUGAACGGCACUCUGGAGGACCAGCUGACCAACCUGAAGGAGUACCAGAAGACCAUCAUGUCUUACAUGCCUGAAAUUAACACGCUGGAGGGAUACCACCAGCACAUCCAGGAGGCCCUCAUCUUUGACAACAAAUACACCUCCUACACAAUGGAGCACCUCCGUGUGGGUUGGGAGCAGCUGCUCACCACCAUCGCCAGAACCAUCAACGAGGUCGAGAACCAGAUCCUGACGCGUGACGCCAAGGGCAUCAGCCAGGAGCAGCUCUAUGAGUACCGCGCCUCCUUCAACCACUUUGACAAGACUUUACAAGGGGGUGAGAGAGGAGCCAAACGUGUGAGUAUUCAUUCUGAUGUUUUACACAGGUGAGCACAUGUUGGGAACAAACACUGUGCGUGUCAUUGUUUCCAUACAAGAAGUUACACUCAGGUGUUGUGCAGGAAACAUAAAAUAUUAGCAGAUCCUGGCUCUUUUGGUGACUGGCUUUUAUUAUGGCUGAUAGGGCAAAUAGUGAGUAACAAUAAUAUUUAUAAUGAAUGCAGAACAUUUUAUUGUAUAUCUGUUAUAGGUUGUUCUUUGCCCUGUGCACAUUUUUGCGUUGAGAAAUUCCCCCUGGUCACGCAGACGGACUCUGAUAGGAAUAUUAAUUUCAUGUUAAUGGCAGUUGUAAAUCGUAGUUCUAGUUUAGCAUGAAGAUAAUCCAUCUGCUACAGUCAGCAGAACUGGUGCUUACUUGGGUGUAAAAAGCACAAUGUUUCGUCAUGUUUUGUGGUCGUUGUCAAACCUGAUAAUUUAUAGUUCUUGGACCUCUUAAGGAUGAGAAGGACACCACCAUCAUUCACCAUCUCACACCACGGUGCAUGUGUCACUUUGUGUGUCACUGAUUCAUGCUACUGUCUCAUGUAGUGGUUCAUAAACAUUUCAGGACACCAUGGUCACUCACCAUCCAACUGUGUGUGCUCACUCUUGUGUUCUUUUACAACACUAAAACCUUUGAAUAUCGCAAAAUCACAAUUUCCACACGUUCAAAACAACGCAACACAAUCUGUUGCUACUAGUAGUACUUAUAAUUAUUCUGUUUAAAUAGUUGACAUGCUUACUCCCUGAUUACUUGUUCUGAGAUAGUUGGUACUUGACAUUUUCAGUUCUUAGAAAUAUUCAGAAAUAUUUGCAGAAUACAUUAUUAAUGCAGCUCUUCAUGUUUCUGUGAAUACUUUUUAAUGCAUUUCCAUAAAUAACUUGUUGUCUCAAACACACACAUGCAUGUGUCGAAAAAGUGACCGAUUGUUUGAGCGUGUGGGGCGUUCAUGGGUCCAUCGUGGCUGCCUGUUGAGUUGUGUGUGUGAUGACAUUGUCUAAACAUCCAUGAAUGUCUGUCUCUCCAUCCUCCAUGUCCUCAUCUUCUCCUUGCAUGCUGUGGAUCAUAUGGUCACCAUCCACUACCAUCCCUGUGUUG